AUGCUCAAUAUCCCUUAUCUGAUCAUUCUUGCUCUCGUAUGCCACACAAACCUGAUCCUCUCGCUCCCUUUCAUGACUCUCGCCCAUAAUGGAGGUGCAAUCCGCAAUCUAGCUGCCCCCCACGACCUAGCUUCCUCACUCAAUAUAGGCAACAAUAUAGGUGGCAUCUCCGAUGUACGAUACACUCAGGACCUCCAAGUUACAAAAGAUGGCGUUCGUUUCCACAAAAAUUUUCCAGGUGACGCCGAAUUAAAUCUCAAACGCGAUUCGCAACUGCCGCAGGGUCGAGAGGCUGACAACGAGGGACAACCCAAAGCGGUGAUUAUUGGUGUCAGGCCCAACCCAGAGAAUCAAGAACCCAAUAUAUUAUUGACCCAGAGAGUCGAAAAUAACAAAGGACCGAUUCAAAAAUUGAAGAGUCCAGAAUUUCCACGGGGCCACUUGCUCAAAGAUGAUCUGGAAACCGAGAUUACAUUCGAGAGAUUGGCUGAACUGCGAAAAGGCCCUUUGGCAGACGAGGUAAUCCCACAAGGUUCAACGAGCGACUACAUAUUGGGAGUGGUGAUGAAGAAAGCAGGUAUAGACAAGAACGAUCCAGAUGUGAUUCCAAAACUCGCAGCAUUUCGGGAGUUAUACGAAGAAACCGGCCAUUGGGGUGUAUUGAGAAAGAUCGACCCACAACAAACUUACCGUGAAACAAAGCCAGAACAGUCAUCCAAAGUACACGCAGGGGUGGAAGAUUAUAAUAAGAAGCUGUUGAAGCCUUUCAUCAUUGAUAUACCUCUCGGCCAGCGACCUGUAUUCACUUUAGAAAGUUGGGGACGGCAACGCACAUGGGAAAUGGUGUCAAAAGUUAAGAGCAUUCUCACGAGACGGGAGAUGCAAAAUAUAUGGACGGACCUCGAAAGUAAAGUCAAUCAAAUAGCAAGAAAGAAUGCAGCAACACCUCAAUUCAAAUUUGUUCAUCCGGCCCCUGCCAUUCCAGCAAAUUGA